CCGCCGGCCCGCAGCCGGAGCAGCCGCCCCCCGCCAGCCGGCGGGGAGCGCGGGCCCGGCCAGCACCGGGAUGUGCCCUCGGGAGCAGCCGCGGCGGAGGCUGCGCGCCCCGCGGGCGGCGUGAGCGCCUCCCGGCCGAGCCAUGGGCCAGACCUCGGUCUCCACGCUGCCCGAGCCGGCCGGCGUGGAUGGUUUGGACAAGGCUUCAAUUGCUAACUCAGAUGGACCAGCCCCAGGAUCCCAAACUCCCCCCUUCAAGAGGAAGGGCAAACUCUCCAACAUUGGCAAAAUCUUUAAACCUUGGAAAUGGCGGAAGAAGAAGACCAGUGACAAAUUCAGGGAAACAUCAGCAGUGUUGGAAAGGAAGAUUUCGACAAGACAAAGCAGAGAGGAGCUGAUAAGAAGGGGAGUGCUGAAGGAAAUGCCUGAGCAAGAUGGUGAUGUAACAGUAAAUUUUGAAACUUCAAAUGGACACACCAUAGCCAUUGGUGAAGAAACCAUACAGGAAGAAAAUGUGGUAAAAGCCAGUGGAAAUAAUGGCACUUUAUCAGAGAAAGCAUCGGCAUCAGAAGGAAAAAAAGAAGAUCAGAAAGAGAGCACUGGUCACUGCCCAGAAAUUCCGACAUCCCAUGCUCCACCGCUACCUAAGCCUAAGCCUAAACCUAAAAAAGCUCCGCUACCACCAAAAAAUGCCAUUGCCGCUUCCACCGCCAGCAGCCAUAAGGGUAACGAAGCACCUCAUGCUAAAAAAAAGGGAAAGGCUCCUGCUAAGCAGCCUCCUCUCCCGCCGCCCAAGCCAGCAGGUGCCAGUGCAAAUCGAGAAGCUGCUGGUUCCUCUCAUGCAAAAAAACUACCAGUCUCCAAGUCUUCUUCAUCACCAUCUCCUUCGUCCACAUCAUCUCAUCCCAAAGCCUCUAAGGAGACUUCCAGCAAAUCUGGCACAUCAGGGACUCCCAGGGGCAAGAAAAAACCCGGGAAACAGUCAGCCCCACGAACAGCACCAGACGGGGCUGCUUCUUCCCCCUCGGGUGCGACAGCCAACAGUUUGGAAGCGAAGGCAGAAAAACCCAAGCCUGAGCAAACUUCUGUAGUAAUUUUUGAAAUGGAGAACACAGACCAGUCGAGCAAGCUUGUUGUGCCCCCUCCUCCCACCGCUGCCCCUCCUCCACCUCCACUUCCACCUCCUUUUCCUGCUGCAGCUAGUCAGCCUGCUGGCUCCUCAGAUGCCCAGGAUGUGUCAGACAGCUGUGUGGCAGGGCCUCGCAGCCCUGGCUCAGACACAAAGCCUCUUCUCCCGGCCGAGCGUGGCACGGAGCCGAGCCUGAGCAGUGCAGCCCCAGGCAGCGCUCCAGAUGCCAGAGGAGAAGACACGGAAAGCUUGGCUACCAAAGAAGACCAGGAAGGGGAGGCUCCAGAUCAAGCAUUCUCUGAGCUAGUGGAGGAGGCUUCUGACGCUGCUGCCCCUCCUGAGAGUGAGAGCAGCAGAGAGAGCCAUGGCAGUGACUCGGACUCGGACGGGCCAAUCCUGUACACAGAUGAUGACGAUGAUGAUGAUGAUGAUGAGAAUGCAAGUACUGAAAGCUCUUUGGCAAGUAAAAUUCGUCGUAGGGAUACUCUUGCUAUCAAACUUGGCAACAGACCAUCUAAGAAAGAGUUAGAAGACAAAAACAUCUUGCAGCGUACAUCCGAAGAGGAGAGGCAGGAAAUCAGGCAUCAGAUUGGAACAAAGCUUGUGAGGAGACUUAGCCAGAGGCCCACAACUGAAGAGCUGGAGCAAAGAAAUAUCCUGAAGCAGAAGAAUGAAGAAGAGGAACAGGAAGCCAAAAGAGAAAUAAAACGUAGACUCAGUAGAAAGCUCAGUCUGAGGCCUACAGUGGCUGAACUUCAAGCGAGAAGAAUCCUUCGAUUUAACGAGUACGUGGAGGUCACGGAAUCUCCGGAUUACGACCGUCGUGCUGACAAGCCUUGGGCCAGGCUAACUCCUGCAGAUAAGGCAGCAAUACGGAAAGAACUGAAUGAAUUCAAAAGCACAGAAAUGGAAGUACACGAGGAAAGUCGGCAAUUUACCAGGUUUCAUCGUCCAUAACUGUUUGACCACAUCCCAUAUUUCAAGUAAUUUUUCUUUGGGGAAAUCAUUGCGUCCUGAAGACCUGAAAUUGCACUGGAACUUGACUGAGUAUGAGUGUGUGCUACAGCUUACCCUGAGGCUAAUGAAGAAAGUAGCCCUUGUCUUUGUCAAUGGACAAAUGAUUAGUCUAGGAGGAGAACCCACAGGAAGCGUUUGUCCAUGUCCAGACAAACCACAGUCCUGUGGCCAGCCCACACGGACAAGCCAGUGGACUUCUUUGUGAGAGCUCCGCGAGUCAGGAAGUGCUGAAGACAAUCGCUGGAGAGCCUGCUGCCAGGAUCUCAUUGGGCCUCAUGGGGCUGGGACUGAGGGUAACAAAGAGGGAGGGGGAUGACAAAAGAACUGAGAGCUGGGGGAAAAGAGACUUUGUCUGUCAGUCCACAGAGCUAAGUGGAAUGGAUGGGACUGCUCAACAAUGCAUUUGGCCAGUGGGAAGAAUUAUUUUUUAAAAGAAAGAGUGUAAGCAACUGCGCAUGUCAGGUUUUUCAGUGGCUACAGCCUUGUUUUAAAAAGAUAGCAAGCCAUAAGUCCUUGUGUCAUCAGUACUUUAGGAAGAACUAUCAUUUUCUUUGGUGCCAGUAAAUACAGUUGCCAGAAAUUAGUCCUAGUAUAAAUCAACUGUCUUUUUUUAAAUCCCAGUGCACAUGCUUCAGGAAAACACAUGGAACAUUCAUACAGAACAAGUAAUAUAUUUUUUGGUUUUUUAAUGUUGACAUAUUCUGGAUCCUCAGAGAUACAUAAACAGGAUUUGAAGGACAAAUAAUGUGACACUAUGAAUACAGUGAAAUGCUUUGUGUUUAGAAACACUCCUUGCUGUCUGUCACUUGCCAUUCAAACCAGAGGGAUCAUUAUCUUUGUCAUCCAUGGCAGGCAGUAGUGACAACUCUGACAUCAUGCUAGUGUGAAUCCAAAGUCAGAAUUGAAAUUAGGCACAGAAGUCUUUAUUAAUAGGCCUGAGCAGCAGUGACUACUAAUGUAACUUUUUACAUUUAAGGACUCUUGCACUGCUUUGAGGAAGAGCUCCCAGAUCGAUCGGUGUGUCUUCAGCUAGUGGUCCUUUAAAAGUGAAAGAAAAAUCCUUGGAGUGUCUCCAGCCUGUUUUUGUUGAGUGUGAAGAAUGCUUCUUAGAUUCCUAAUUUUUUAUACUAUCUUGAAAUUGUACAUGUGAAUAUAAUACUAUUAAAAUUAAGUGGUAUGGAGUGUGAAAGGCAAUACAUGGUUUUUCAAAGUUGGCCCAAAGGCCUAUUAAAAAGCCUGUUGGCAUUGUUUACACUAAGAAAUUCUCUGUCCCAUAUUAGCACUUAUUUAUCCUUUGAAUUAGUGUACACAACAUUGGGGGGGUCUGGAAUUCACAUAUGCAUACAUUUAAUGCAGUAUUACAACAUAUUUGCUAUUUAUCCUUUCUAAUGUGUGUACAUAUUACAAUUUAUUUUUGUCUUUUAUGUGUCCUGUUCAGUUUUUAAUUAUGAAGUGUAAGUAUUUCUUUUUCUGGCAAUAAAAUAUCUGUGUAGAUGUGAUUUUUACCUCAGAACCUGUGAUAGAUUCUUGUGGAAUGUCUUUAGUUUAUAAAAUUGAAGGUUGUUGUUAGAGAUGUCAGCCUGAAGGCAGGAAGGCAAUUUGGUGGCUAAAAUUAGAUAUCCCUCUUUAGAGCUAUUUACAACAAGACCAGGUUUGCAUAAAUGAGGUGGAUUAUUUUAAUGGAGAACACUUCUAGUAACAGAAGAGUGCUUUCCAACAGCUGUCACUCUCUGUCACUCUGUUAUUUUUAAAGACAUUGGGAAAGCUUUUUUAAAAAAGGUAAAAUUUAAAUGACUGUUAGGAUCCAUUACACUUUGGUAAAAAUCUAAUGAUGGACAAGCCACGAAAUAUCAAUAACCAAAUAAAAAAAGCCAUCUACAUGCUUGUAGCAAAGAAAAGGAAGCAGCACCUUCCUUUUUUAAUGGAAUCAAUAAGAGCCAUUAGGAUUCCAUUUGCAGAAAAUAAGCUUCUGGAAAGUCCAUCAUUUUACAAAUAUAGAAACACCACUUUGACAUCAAGGAAGUAGUGAAAAUGUAUUCUUUGGCACUAAAUCAUACAGGAAUUAGCAGGGCAUUAGGUUUGUCAGCAAUUAUGGUAGAAUGCUAAUUUUUAUUUUUAGAAUUUGAAGAGUAAACUCAAAAGUUACACUAGAAUAGUUCUGCUUAAACUUUUUUUGCUCAUGUUGCCAAAUUUAGGAAUGUGUGUCCAAAAUCAUAUAGAGGUCUACUAUGUUGACUUUGAAGUAUAAAACACAGUAUUUCACUUCAAAGGAAAUGAGAGGAGCAAUUAAAUAGACCUCAGUGUUGCAUUAAUCACAUUUAAACAUUUGAAAGCCAAGAUACUGAAGGCAGAAAUACAGCUGUUACACUGGCAGAAUAACUCGGACAAAGGUAAGGUCAGACUAUAAAUAUUUUAUAUAAGACAGUAGCUCCACCACCAUGCCAAGGUACACACAGCUUACACAAGCAAACUAAAACAUGUUAAACUCUUAGGAUGAAGAGAAAAAAUUGACUUUGCAAGAAGACAUUCCUCUAUACUAGGCCUGGACCAUGGAUGGAAAGUCACAUGCCAACCCUAUUGUUUUAAGAGUAAUGACUCAAAGAUGAGGAUACAACUUCUGGCUCAGACUUCUUCAAGCUGAAGUCAUGUCAUAAGAAAUAAGGAUGUGUAGGUGAGGUAUCACUUAGGCUUUUCGUAUCUUCCUUCUGGGGUUGGAGGGGUUUUUUUAAAGUAUUCCCUCCAAGCCAUUUCUAGUUGCAGGACUCAAGCCUUGGUAGAGAUGCUGAGUUAAUUUUUAAUUUCUUACUAUUUUGAUAAUAAUCAGAUGCAUAGUGUGGCUCACAGUUCAGUGAACUAAUUAAACACAUUUAUGUAACUGGACAAAAAGAGUUACCUUUAUGGGAACUUAUGUAAAAUCUUAUGUAGUAUACUACAUAACAUUAUUAUAAGAUAUAGCAGAAUUAGAACUUCAAGCUAUCCAUAAUGUAUUGUAUCCACACAGAGACACAGAAUUGUAUAUACUAUUUUUGUAUUCUAAAUACAAAAUUUAGAACUUAGAAUUUAGAAUUUUGAAAUUAAAUUUUAAAAUUUAAAAAUUUAAUUUAGAAAUUUAGAAUUUUGUGGCAGAAUUUUUAGCAGGAAAACAACAGCUGUAAAGUGUUGUCCAUGCAAUAAAAAAUAACAAGAAUUUGGUAUGUCACCAUGUGCAGUGAAGCAAGUUUGCUUCAAGAAGCCUGAAGUCAAUUUCUGCUGCCUCUCCUAGCUGUCUGUAUUGAUAAGUUCAAAUGUUUUCCAAUUGCAUCAACAACCCAUUGGAAAUAUUACACCAUAUACCUGCUUUGGUGCUGCAUGCCUUCUAGAAAGGAAAAAUCAGGCUAACUCCUGAGAAAUUAAUGAGUUAAUAAUCCUAGAGUUAAAAAUAAAAAUGUUAAACAGGCAAAGAAAAAAUAGCACUUUUCAUGCAAAGUAUAGUACAGUCCAGGUGGCUAAGAAGGAUCAGUAUGAUAAUUUUUAUAAAGUUGGACGAAUCAUUUAAAUGUCAUGCACAAGAUAUGACAAACCUUACACACAUGAUACCUAUGUUCCCACAGAGUCAGGUAUGCCUACAUCCACAGAAAGAGAAAAUGAGCAGCUUGAAGUGGCUUCUGAAAUUAUCUCGCAUAUAAUAUUUAUCAGUAUAAUCACACAUCACAGUAUGUUGCUGUAAGUGCAAAAGAAUGGAUGCUUAAUCAAAUCCUUAUUUCUUCUUCACAUAAAAAAUUGAAAUGGUUCUAGAGUGUCUCAUCUCUCUCCUCUUUCAGGUAAUACAUAUUAGUCUUUAUAACUCAGAUACAGUCUAUCUGGAUUUUUUAAAUUGUGCUAUAUAUGUUGACUCAACAAGUACCAAAAAAAAAAAAAAAUUGAAUGCUAAUGAUUAUUUAAGCUAAUACCCUUUCAAGUGGUGAUUUGAAACAUGUUAGGACUAGAAGCAACAUCUCUUCAAAGUCACUGAAAGUAUUCAUGGCCAUUUGUAGUUCUACAGACUGUAUUUAUUUGUUGAGUUUAUCAUUUACCUACAGUUGUGCAUGUCCUUUGCUGUGGUGGACUUGACUGACCUCUGAUGUGGUGUGGGGCAGGACAGCCCCACCAUCUGCUAUGGCCAACCUGAGCACCUCUUAGAGAAGAACCACAACCUCAGUGCUGACACGGAAAAACCUGAUAACCCUACCAGAUAAGCACCCAUUUUUUAACUUGAAAGCCAAACAAAAGCUGUGAAACAAAGGGAUGAAGUAUCCCUACUAUUAUAGAAAUUAGACCCCUCUUUCCAGGUGAAGUGAGUGCUUGGUUUCCUGCAGAGAUGCUUCAAACUCAGAUCUGUAAGUAAUAAUACUACAGCUACAUGAGAUAAUUUAUUUCAAAUUAACAGUUGCUUAACCUGACUAUAAACUCGUUCUGAGCCCCGAUUUUUUAUCAUCAUAAAGUGCAAAAAGAUCCAGCCAGCAACAGACUAAAAACAUCUAAUCCAGUCUGGCAGCCUGGGAAUCAAGCAAAACUCCCUGUCUGCAGCUGGCAGGACUUGGAGUCAGCGUAGGGAGAGCCACACUGUCACCUGGGUACCUGGUAGCAUUGGCCUGUGUGAGCACUGCUGACAUCCUCAGCUGAGACCAGAAUAUUGGCCCAUGUUUUAAUGGCUGUUAAUGCUUUAAUGACAAAGCAAACCAAGCUAAAAGCCUACAUUUGCAUGAGACUGUCUGAUCCACAGGAACCAUGUGUUUAACACUUUCAUGUCCUCUGGUUUUAAUGAUCUUCAGGAGUUAAGACCUGUGCCAUUGUUGUAAACUAAACUGAAAAUAUAUGCAGGGUGAAAAAAAACAAGUAUGAAUAAACUUGCCUCCUGGCUUUAGGAUCUUCCACAUUUCGUUCCAUUAUUGUUGCUAGCUGUAGUCUUAUUACACCAAGAUCAGUGCAAUAUUCACUAAUGGGUCAUAGAUUAUGAUGAAAAGCAAAAAAAAAUUCUGAAAGAUUUUUUAAAGAUGAUACAAAAAUAUUUUGAAGGUCAAAUUAAAAAAAAAAAAAGAAAGCAGUCCCCAGAACAGCUUAAAACUUCUAUUUAACAGAAAUCUGUAAAAAAACCCCUACCAAAACUUAAAAAACUGUAUCUAUACAGAGAAAGGAAGAAAUGGAGUGAAAUUAACAUAUAUUUGCCGUAAUGUUUAAACAGGUUUAUAUUAAUAAACUCUAAUAAUUAACAAGGUCUUGUUUUACUUUGUGUUUUGAUUUCGUUUCAAGAUUUUAGUGGAAAUAAAGCUCACAUGAACUAGAUACAGCAUUUCACCAAUAUUUUCUAGAAGCUACAAAUUGCAUUGGAUAGAACAAAGAAAGCAAUGGUAUUAUCUGUAUCUUCUUGUUCAAGCAUAAAUUCUUUAUAUUAAAAAAAAUCUUGCAAUACUAUGUCAAAUUUAACAAUAUUUGAAUGUUGUAAUGAUAUACUAAAAUGUUAAAACAUUGCUAAACAUAUCUCCCAUUCACUACUUUGUGUGGUGGUAUAUUGAUUUGUAAACUUGUACAAAUUUUGGAAUUAAAGAAAUACUGUGUUUUGGAUUAUUA